GACAUAAGAAAGAACGAAUCCCUCGUUAUCAUUCCCAUUGUCUUCUAUCAUUUGACACCUCUAGUUUCCACACAAGCGUGCUCCAUAUGUGUGGCCUUCACCUACGCCAUUGCCUCGUUUUGUCCUGUGUAAAGCUACAAGGCAAAAAGCUUUUAGGCAGGGCCUAACCCACUGGCGUACAAUAUAUAGAAGUGGGCGACCUAGUUUAAUUUGGUUACAGAAUGGCCAUUUGCCUAAUGGUCCAGCCGAACUCUACGAGGCUACAGCCUCUUAUUCUGACUCGGUUCACCUUUCUUCAGCAAAAACUCGCCGAUUCUGGGCAAUUGGGGCCUGAGCUUGACCCGCCAAUUGGGCAGGGAAUAAAUCAGCGUAAGGUUGCUCUUCCAUUAUUUCUCAACGCCGACUCACACGGCCGGACGUCGUCUAUGGUCCCUUUCUGGCGAGAAAAGUUUUGCUUAUCAAUGAACAUGAGUGGGCAACGAAAAACAGGUAUUUGGUUAUACCCAUACUCGUUCAGUUUUUUUAGGGUUAGUUGAUCACAAUUCGACGUUGGCGUUGGAAGUAUAUUGGGCUUCUUUUCAUUCUUCUUUGGUAUCUACGGUUGGGAUCGAAGAUAUUUGGCCCACAAAAGGGAUUGGAGUUUUAGAUCCUUGGAAAAUUCCUUUUCUUAAUGCCCCCAUUUUCCUUUCAUCCGGUGAGAACUCGUAAUAUUUAUUAAGAGAUGUGACUUGAAAUUAAAAUUUUUAACAUUGGGUAUCCACGCGUUACCCGCUAAUACCCAUUUAAAUAAUAUGAGUACCCGUAAUACCCAUUACAUUAAUUCCUUAUACAACCCUUUAGCCCAGAGCCCAACCCACCUGUUUGUGUCAUCCAAAGUCCAGCACCCUUGCCCCAGCCCAGAUCAAGCCCGCCCCCAUCCCAUCCCACCCCAUCUCCUCUCCUUUCCUCUCCUCGACUCGACUUCCUCGGAAGAAGACCAGACCAAGACCUAAUCAUGUUCUAAUGCAGACGGAAAUCGGAAAGAAAGUAUAUAUAAAUAGUUUAGGUACCCGUUAUUCGUUCCGAGAUGACAUUCUCAGCCGAGAUAUUGUUAGUGCACAAGACAUUCACACUUUGCUUUAAAUCUGUCGCAAUAAUACAAAUAAAGAGGACCGAAACAAUAUUUUUCAGCCGAAUUUGAGCAAGGCAAGUCGCCAAAAACCAAAACAGAUACCAUAACAUCUUUAUCAAAGACAGAUUCAUUUAUACGCAAGAAAUGCACAACUAAAGACCAUAACGAAACGGUUGAAGAACCGGAUGAACAUAAAAAAAAUUGAUUGCCAGGACUCAAGGAAAAUCGAGUCCAUCUUUUGCGUGCAGAAUUUCAUCCUAAUAACACGCACCAACCUCAUGAAAGGCAUAAACGCUGUCCCACUCCCACCUCUUCCUGAGACGCCUUCUCUUCUUUACCCGCCGUGACACUUCCGGCACACCCCUCAACAUCAGAGCCCAUAAAUGGAAGCAGCCACACAACGUCAAACAACCAAGUUGACUCAAAACCAUCUGUCAGAGUUCAACUUUUAACCUCACAGCCAUGAACCCAGAACAACUUCUCCAUCAACUCCAACAUUUCCCACUCUUCACGACACACCAGUUGAUCAUCCUAGCCACAGCAGCCUCCUUCUUUCUGUACCACACAUACAGAAGGAGAGUAGCAGGAUUCUACCUUCUCGAUUUCUCAUGCUACAGGCCAUCACCUGGACACCGAGCCCCCAUGGCCUUCUACCACGAGCGACUCCAUCUCGAGAACAUCCACCCCGAUGCCACAUCAUUCCAGCUCAAAAUCCUGGAGAAAUCCGGGUUCGGGGAGCAGACUGGGAUCCCGGAAUCCCUUGCUCGGACACCCAUACAAAACGGAGUCUCCUUCAGCACCGAGGAAGCUUCGACCAUCAUGUUCCAAGUAGUCUCGAAUCUCCUAAAAAGAACCGACACAAAUCCAAAAGGAAUCGACCUGCUGAUAUGCAACAGCUCCAUGUUUGCUCCCACACCAUCACUAUCUUCCAUGGUAGUGAGCAAGUUCAGAAUGAGGAGCAACAUCAAGACAUACAACUUAUCAGGUAUGGGAUGCAGUGCUGGGAUUAUAUCAGUAGGGCUGGCCAGAGACUUGCUGAAGGUGAACCCUGGCUCUUUGGCGCUCAUAGUGAGCACCGAGAUGCUAGGGCUGAAUUGGUACACUGGUGAGAACAAGUCGAUGCUGCUGACUAACUGCCUGUUCCGAAUGGGGGGAGCUGCUGUACUUAUGUCUAAUAAAAAGCAAGACCAGGGGAUAUCAAAGUAUGAACUCCAACAUCUAGUUCGAACACAUAGAGGAAAGGAUGACAACUCUUAUAGCUGUGUUUUUCAAGAUGUGGAUGAAGAUAAGAAACUAGGAGUGUCCAUAUCGAAAGAGAUAUUACAAGUAGCUGGAGGGGCACUAAAGGCAAAUGUUGCAUCACUAGGACCAAUGGUGCUUCCAUAUUCAGAGCAACUAUGCUAUCUGGUGUCACUAACUGGAAGAAAGGGAAGCAUAUAUGUGCCCAAUUUCAAAAGGGCAUUUCAACACUUCUGCAUACAUGCUGGUGGUAAAGCAGUUAUUCAAGCUAUACAGAAAAACCUAAAGCUGAACGAUGAGGAUGUCGAGCCUUCCAAGAUGACACUCUACAGAUUUGGGAACACUUCAUCAUCUUCUAUAUGGUAUGAGCUAAGCUACGUCGAAGCUAAAGGGAAGAUGCAGAAGGGUGACCAUGUUUGGCAAAUAACUUUUGGGAGUGGGUUCAAGUGUUGCAGUGCUGUAUGGAAAUGCAAUCAAAGUAGGGUCAUUACUCGAGACAAUGCAUGGGUAGAUGACAUUCAUUUGUAUCCGGUAGCAAUACCAGCUACAGCGAAAAUCAGCGAAAGCUAAUGUAAGCGUGCUUACUGAUGAUACUAUAUUAGAAACAUAAACUUCAGUAAACAGAGAAAGGCACAUCAUUGAAGAAAUUCAUGGUUCUCAA